UUGAAAUAGCUUCUCCAUGUUUCCUAGAAUAAAAGUCUAUAAACAUAUGAACGGAUAAGAAAAACGCAAGCGUUUGUAAAAAUAAUCAAAUAUUUUAACUUAAAUUUACGAACAAUACACUUGUUUCAUUUAUAAUCAUAACAUUAUUAAUUAGAGAUAGAUACAAAAAUUUUAAAUUCUGACACAUUCGUGUAACUUAUUUUUUUGUUUUCAUUUAGUCUAUUUCGAAGUGCGUGCUGGAGUGAAAAAAUGGAAAACAGGCAUAUUUGAUGAUUUUUGGUCAGACUGUUCCGAAGCGCAAAAAAUGUGCACCCUGUUCUUCUAGAUAUCUUUUAGAUACUAAUACAAAUAAAUAAAUAGUAAUCCCAGAGAAUUCGUAGCGCUAACUAGGUAUUAAUAUGAAAUUCCUUAAAAAAAUAUUAAUUCAAAUGCGGUGUCAGUGGUCGUAGUUGUUGUUUCAAGAUUUUUUUCAUUGCCAUCAGGAUGUCAUCAAAGUACUUUGUUGCUAUCAUAAACUGACUUUUAAAAAUGAUUGAAAAGAGAUAAUAAAAAGUGCAACUUUCCCUAAUGUUAUCAAAGACAAUUUCAUGAAACGAAACCCCUUGGAGAGGAUGUGUCUAGUAAAAAUAAUAAAGCAGCAAAGACGCCAUAGAAAAUAAAUGGCAUAAUCAAGAUUAAGCACAUAUUUCGAAAUAGUAAACGCAACAAGUAAAAUUGAGUACAACUAAAAAUUCUAUGUUUCUCAUAAUAACACGAAUGAAUUUAAGAAACCUUCUGGAUAUUCGUAAACUAAUUUCCUAACACAUUUUUCUUGAAAGUGAAAAAACAUUUGAAGAAGAAGAAACCAACAUUUUUUUAAAUUCAGUUCAAAAAAUGUAACAAACAAACAAGUCAAACUCUUAUCCUUAGAGCACAAGAAAUACAACUAAAGUCACUCUAAGCUAUGUUUUUGAUUUUAUAGAAGUGACAAACAAGAAAACAAAUGAAUAAAAUUGCAGAAGAAUUAUUAAUUUUUAAUAUAUCUAAAUAUUAAAAUAAAUAUUAUUAAAAAAAAAAUCUAACAGAAAGAGACGUUUUUAUACUCUGUCCGAUUUGAAACAUUCCACCACAUAGCAUGGCCUCGGUCGCCGCUUGGCUGCCAUUUGCACGGGCGGCGGCCAUCGGUUGGGUGCCAAUUGCAACACACCCGCUCCCACCACCACCCAUACCAAAAGAUCGUAGAAAAACUGAUGACGAAAAACUUUUGAUAAACGUUUCCGGGCGUCGGUUUGAAACCUGGCGCAAUACUCUUGAAAAAUACCCAGACACUUUAUUGGGUUCCAACGAACGAGAGUUUUUUUAUGACGAAGAUUGUAGAGAAUACUUUUUUGACCGAGAUCCUGAUAUUUUUCGUCAUAUACUCAACUAUUAUCGCACUGGAAAGCUUCAUUAUCCCAAGCACGAAUGCUUGACUAGCUACGACGAAGAAUUGGCCUUCUUCGGUAUUAUGCCAGAUGUGAUUGGCGAUUGCUGCUACGAAGACUAUCGUGAUCGAAAACGCGAAAAUGCCGAACGUCUUAUGGACGACAAGCUAUCGGAAAAUGGUGAUCAAAAUCUUCAGCAACUGACAAACAUACGUCAAAAAAUGUGGCGAGCUUUUGAAAACCCACAUACAUCAACUGCAGCAUUAGUUUUCUAUUAUGUUACUGGUUUUUUUAUUGCUGUGUCGGUAAUGGCAAACGUCGUGGAAACUGUUCCAUGUGGCCAUCGACCGGGUCGUGCAGGAACAUUGCCAUGCGGCGAACGAUAUAAAAUCGUUUUUUUUUGUUUAGACACAGCAUGCGUAAUGAUAUUUACAGCCGAAUAUUUAUUAAGAUUGUUUGCGGCACCGGAUCGUUGUAAAUUUGUUCGCAGUGUAAUGAGUAUUAUUGAUGUGGUGGCUAUUUUACCAUACUAUAUCGGAUUAGGUAUAACCGACAAUGAUGAUGUGUCUGGAGCUUUCGUGACGUUGCGAGUAUUUCGGGUAUUUCGUAUUUUUAAAUUUUCCCGACAUUCGCAAGGUCUGCGUAUUCUGGGUUAUACGCUAAAAUCGUGCGCUUCCGAGCUGGGCUUUCUUGUGUUUUCAUUGGCCAUGGCUAUUAUUAUAUUUGCAACAGUUAUGUUCUAUGCUGAGAAAAACGUUAAUGGGACAAAUUUUACGUCAAUACCUGCAGCAUUUUGGUAUACAAUUGUUACCAUGACAACAUUGGGCUAUGGUGAUAUGGUUCCAGAGACAAUAGCUGGCAAAAUAGUUGGAGGUGUUUGUUCGCUCAGCGGAGUUUUGGUAAUCGCUCUUCCAGUACCUGUUAUUGUAUCAAACUUCAGUCGAAUUUAUCAUCAAAAUCAACGAGCAGAUAAACGAAAAGCGCAGCGGAAAGCACGUUUGGCUCGAAUUCGUAUCGCAAAAGCAUCAUCGGGAGCUGCAUUUGUUAAUAAAAAGAAAGCCGCUGAAGCUCGUUGGGCUGCCCAAGAAUCCGGCAUCGAAUUAGACGAUAGUUACCGCGACGAGGAUAUUUUUGAAUUACAACAUCACCAUUUGCUGAGAUGCUUAGAAAAAACAACGGCCUGCGGAAAAUAUAUGCCAGCUUCAGGUAAUGCUCAAGGUAAUCAAAAUAACCAGCCAAUGGAUGGGACAUAUUUAGUGGAAGCAUCGUUUUAAUACAAAUUAAAUUAAUCAUUAACAAAUAUUUUAAUUACAAAAAAGUCUAGGAAUCCAUUCAAAAGGACAUUCUUUCCAUUGAAUUAACAGUUAGAUAUAUAACUUAUAAGAUAUAAUAAACCAUAUUCCAAAAACUGUAUUGCUAGUAAAGUAACAUAUAAAUGUAUAUAACAUAAUACCUUACAUUAAAGAUGCGAAGAUAACUUUUAAAUUUUAAUUGUGAUAAUAUUGAACUCUAGAAACUAAUAUACUCGUAUACUAAAAUCACAAAAACAAUUAAAUACAAAAUUACCUAUGUUGCAAACACUCCAUAUAGCAAGAACCAGAGAUAUCGAAUUCAAUUUACAUCAAUUUGUGCUGUUAUUGGAGCGCCUGGGGGUUUUCACCUCGGAUUAGAGUUAUAGUGAAUGAAUUAAUAUGAUCGAUGUGGGAUAUUGUUUUUUAAACUGUAAAUUGCAAUGUUUACCCAGCAUUUUUUUGUGCACUCCAAUUUUUCACUGUUUAAACAAAUGAUUUUAAAUAAUUAAUGUUUGACCAUAUAUUUUAACUUUAAACAGUUAGUUUUUUAAAAUCUUAUCUGAAUAGACAUAUAGGAACACUUUUCAAAUAUACCUGUGUAUAAAAAUAGCAGCAGGGAUCUCGAAAAGGUAGAAAAGAGUGGAGGGGAAAGUGGAGCGACUGCUGCUAUGAACAAUGGAAUUUCUUGAUAUCUCUCAAAUUACAUUUGGAUUUUUAUACAAAAAAAUUACUAAGUAUCGAAAACAAUAUUUUCUGUGAAAUAAAAAGAGAGAAGAAAUAUUUUUAACUUUGAAAAGCUAUUUGAGUUGUAAGUAAAUUUUUACCAAGUUUUAGUAUUCUUUUUUUGUUAGGUUUGUAUUUUUUUUUACAAAAAAACUGUCAAUUCGAUUUUUCUCAAAAUUUUACCGAAUGUUGACAACAAUAUUUUUUGAAAGAUAAAAAGAGUUUAAAGCCAAUAUCUCAAAGUUUUGAACAUAUAUUUGAGUCAAAAAUCAAUUUGUACAAACUUUUAUUAAUUUUUUUUUUUUUGUAAAAAAAACUGUCAGUUCGAUUUUUCUCAACAUUUUUCAGAAUGUUGAAAACAAUAUUUCUUAUAAGAUAAAAUAAGUUUGAAGCCAUAAUCUCAAGUUUUUGAAAAGAUAUUUGAGUCGAAAUUCAGUUUUUACCAACUUUGAGUAAUGUUUUUUUUAGAUUUUUAUUUUUUAUAAAAAAAAACUGUCAAUUAGAUUUUUUCAACAAUAAGCAUUAUUCUUCGUUGCACAAAAUUGUUUUGCAGAUGAAAUUAUAUUUUAGUUGUAAAAUUUUCGAGGUAAUACAUUUUUUCAGGUUUUUGAUUUAUAAUAAAUACCGUUAAUUGGAUUUUUUCCCAAAAAUAUACUUGUUUGGUAUCACGUUACAAUAUAUGAUACAAAAUUUAAUUCAAGUCUCUAGCGUCUUUGGGUUAUGAGAUAUUUAGGGUUAACCAAAAUGUUCACCUUUUUUAAACUGCUAUGGUAAAAAUUUCGAUAAAUCGGAGCCAUUACAUUAACUUCCUAUGGGAAGUUGAAAAAUUACUGUUUAAAGUGAAAAUAUAUGGUCAAUAUUAUUUUAUUAUAAUAAUUUGUUAAAACAAUGAAGAAAUGGAGUGCACACACAAAUUUUGAGUAAACAUUGCUAUUUAUAGUUUAAAAAACAAUAUUCCACAUCGAUCAUAUUAAUGUAUUCACUAUAACUCUAAUCCGAGGUUUUACGGUUUUGAAUGCUCUAGGCACUCCACUAUGUGAGGACUUUUAAAUAAGCAAUUUAAAAUAUCAGUUGUUCUCAAACAGCUCCCUAUCGACCAAAGUUCAAUUUUAUUCUAUUCAUUUUGAUGUCAUAUGGAUGUGGUAUGAAUUUAAAAGCAUACUAACCAACAUUGUCUUAUGAACAACAACUGCCUGCUAAAGUCUUGGACAAUUUUUGUUUGACUCAAAUGAUACCGACUCUUUCCCAAAAAUAAAACAAACCAAGAAGCUAUUGAUUGCUUUUUUGUUUCUUGAAAAAUAGUAGAUUUUGAAAAGUAUCAUCGAAAUGGAAAAUUCUAAACACUAAAUUGUUUGACAAAUCGGGGCGAUGCCCAUUAGUUUUAAAAAUUUCAUUUCAUUUGAUUUUGCACUAAAUUUCAUUAUUGUAAUGCGUGCAGAAAAAUAGUUUUUGAACAAUCUUAAAUUCUAAACAAAAUAAAAAUGUAGUUGUUAAGACUCUAAAAUCGAAAAUUUAAAAUGCUGAUCUUUUGCAUGCUUAUUAUUCACUUGAAUUUACAUAUUGCAUCGAUUACUGUCCUUAGUAAACUUAAAAGCUAAUACAUUACUCUGAACGAUUUUUUUUGUAGAGGAAUAGCACUUUUAGUUGGUAACAUUAUUUUAUUGGCGAUUUUAUCAGCUGUCAAGUAAUUUAUGUUGGCUAAAUAUACAUUUUAAACGGUCAAGCGCCUUCUCAAGGCAAGUUUAUAUUAAGCAAGGUCAGAAAUAGCUGUCAACCUUUAGUUUCGACUAUCUUCAAAUUUGUCCACAAUAUGUUUUAUUUUUUAAAUCAAAAAUAUGGAUAAAGCUUUUGUUCUUAUUUUAGGUAUUAAGUUUAACGGAUAAAAAGCUUCCCAGCUUAUUGGCUCCAAGAUUGAUUUUUUCGUUUAAAAUAAAAUACAAAGAAGAAAAUACUGUUCCGACUGUACCUCGAGUUGCUGGGACUCCAAGCACAACCAAUGCGAUCUCAAAAAAAUCAAGAAAUCUAAAUGAACGAAUGUUGGUAUCCAACAGCAAUCUUGGGUACAGGUAUUCAUUACUAGAGCGUUCUUAUUAUGGAAUACUGUUUAAGUGUAGGGCCAGCAGAGUUUUCGGCAUAAUUGGUUUGACUAAUUAAGGUAGUUAAAGAUGUACUACAAGAAAAUAAAACAGUUUCUGAUAAUAACUUUUAAUUUAAUGGCAAGCGUUUACUUAAAUGAAUUGAGUUAUCUUACUGGAAGAUAAUUAUUUAUAGAUAGUAGAACCCUACAAUUUCAUUAUACAAAUAAAAAGAAAGUCUUCAAAAAAGUCAGUAGUUAUUUCGAAGAUUUUUUUUUAAUUUCCGAUAUGAAUGAAAAUAAUUUUGAAGGUAGUGAUUGCAUUAAGGAAAAACAUUCAUUCACAUUUUUUAAAUUUUAUGUUGUACUUUACCUGCUUCAUAUUAAAAAUAUGUAUGUAUGUAUAUUGUAUAUAUUGCCAAAAGUUUAAAAUAAAUUCUACUCAACAUGGCUUCUUUUUCAAAGAACUUUUAUCAUAAGUCGUUUUCGCUUGUGUUGCCCUAGUAUUUUAAUUUCAAUUCAAUAGAAGCAAUUGAGAUUAUGUUGGCUAGAAUUGCUUUGUUUUCGAACAUACCCAUGAGUUUUAAGAAAUAAGUAAUUUGAUUGGUCUGAGGACUAAGUGCGAGAAUAUGUUUGGUUCUUACAUGAUUCUACGCAAACUUUCAUUUUGACCUCCGCAGCUUGUAGGCAACCAAAAUGUCAGUCUUAUAUUCCUAUAUUAGUAAUUGAGUACUUUCGCUUAGAGAGCUUACUUGUUUAACGGUAAUUAACCUAUAAUUUGAACCAUCGAUCGAAACUUCUUCUGGAUCUUCACGUGGCAAGAGCACGAUUACUUAUGCACCAACGACAUCAUUUUGCGAAAACAAGCAUUUUAUGCUAUGAGAGGGGAGUCUAUCUUCCCCGUUUAGAAGGUAAGGGUAGUUUUGGAAAAAUUACUUAAUAUGAAACAAAAAAUAUUAAAAAACAACGGCAACACUGACAAUAAAGUACUAAACAAAUUUCUUAAGCUAAAAAAAAAGAGUUUUUGAAAAAUUCGCAGAACAGACUUGUGGAUUUUAGAAUUUGAACAUUAAAUUAUUGUUAGUAUUGCCGUUGUUUUUUAUUGAUUUUAUUUUCAAUUUGAGAGUUAAUUUCUAAAACUGCUCCUUCCUCCUACCCUUCCUGUAAAAAAUUGUUUUGGACCCCUGUACAAUAUGCCCUUAUCUAAAUAUUUUUGGCGCUUAAGUUAAAAGGUGAAAAUCAAAACGCAUUAAAAACGCAAAAAACAGUUUCGUGCUCUAUUCUAUUAUUGUCAGAUAAAUCUCACGGGACAUAAGAAAAAACAAUGGUUCUUCAGAUCUUGAACGAUUUCUUAAAAAUUGAAAAUAAAGUUUCUUGAGAAAUUUCUAUUAAAAAUGUUGAGAUUUAUAUCUGAUUUUAAAGGUAUUAUGUCUUAUAGGGUCUAAAGGUGAUAUCUAGACUUCUCAACGAUUCUCGUGUGUGCGUGUUUACACAUACAUGUUGGAGUGCUUUAAGUCACUUAAAAGAUUUUGCCAAGACUUAGCUUUGGGUACGUGUUCCUGAGAGAUUUUUGCCAUUUUUGGGGCCCAAAACUAUGCACGUAAACCGCUUAAAUGGUACUUGCUUAAUAACUUAAUAGAAUUGUUGUUGCUUUAACCCUAUGUAGUUAUAAUUCUAUCGGCUGUAAAAGAAAAAAUAAAUUAUUUAUACAGCUUAUCGAAUCGAUCAGAUUUAAAACUAACAUAAUUUAGUUGCCCACGUUUAUAUCCACUUUCAAGGUAGUAGUAUAUAAUAAAAUUCUUGUUGUCAGGAACGGCCAACGAGCUUAAAUAAAAAAGCUAUUUAAACGAAACAUUUUAAAUACUUAACAAAAAAAGUUUUCUUAGUUUCAACUCAAAUAUACAUAUGUGCAACUGAAAAAAUUCCUGACUCACUGCGUUUCAAUAAAAGUGCUUCUAAAUUUUAAAAGAAGUUGGUAAAGAAACGUAACUUUAAAAAUGAAUGUUGUUAAGUAUAUUAUACUAAAAGAUAAUUUUCCUGCAUGUAGGUACACAAUAACGAUACACUUUGGAUGCUAAAGAUUUAUUUUAUAAAAUAGUUUUAAAUAAAAAAAACCUAUGCAUCAUUAUAAAUGAGUAUUUUAAUGAACAUAUCUGUAUGGUAUUUGAGCAACAUACAUGAGUUAUAAUGGCUGAAAAAUAAUAUUAUAAUAAUGUUAAAAAUAAAUGAAAUCUGAACAAAAUUAAAGUCAUCGAGACAAAUUAUCUGCUUAUGUAUGUAGCAUAUUUUUGUAAGUUCAAUUUUGUCUUAUUAGAUUACAAAUAUUAUUGUUUAAGUUUAUGUAUAUGGAUCAACAAAAACAUGAAACAAGAUCAUCAGACUCCUGUGUGUUUUACUGUCUUGAACCUGUCAAAUUUCAUAUUGAACUGUAAGAAUUACCGCAAAAAAUAAUUAAAUAAUAUCAAUGAAUACAUCUCUUCCUCUACGAUUCCAAAGGUUUUAUCAUAUGAGUGCGGUUCUUGAAUGUGAAAACCUUUUCUUCUUUUCACAGGUAAACGCAGUUAAAUAUCGCAUGUGAUUUAUCAAUUAUAACACUUAAUCAAAAUUUGUAAUAGGUAUGUGUAUUUUCAAAAUUGUUUAUCAAAUUAACAUAGCAAUUAGUUGCUGUGUUAGCAUUUGGCUGUUGAAGUUCCUCAAUUUUUAAUAAACCUUUAGAAUAGUUUUGAUAGCCGUUAACGUUAAAGUAAGCAUUAAAAUGUAUGGAAAACUUCUAAAAUCGUGAUUAAAAUAAUUAAAUCACUCAUAUCUAAAGCAGAAGAAAAUGUUUAAAAGAAAACAAAUUCUUUGUAUUAUAAAAAAUAAAUAAACAACAUCUUAAAAAGACACGCAAAAUAAGCUGCCAUACUUCAUUAAAGAAAUAAAGAAAAAAUUCUUUUUUCAAAGCUUUAAAAUAAAAAUAAAGAUCAAUUGCUAAAACCAAAUCCAAAUUAAAACAAAAAAUUAAAAUAAACAUCCCUUGAAAUACCUGAAUUCCUUAACUUAACAAACAAAAAUUAAAUAAUUUUUAAUUCAUGUGUGAUUAAGUUAGAUAAAACAAAAUGUGUAGAAUUUAUAUGAACUGUAAAAAAGUUAAAACAAUGGUAAAAAAUAUUAUUAUUCUUAGAAUGGAUGCAUUCAAUUAUAUUUAACAUUAUAUUUGUCUUGCCAAAGGAUUUAUUAUACAAAAUUAAAAGCUUAGUUUUUUUGAAAAAAUAUUUAAAUUUAUAGCUCAAACAAAAAUGGAAACUAAGAAAAUUCUCAUACUUUUAUUCCUAGAAAUGUAAAUGCCAGAAGAAGUGUGUUAGUUUAAUGUUAUAUUUGUUAAAAAAAAAAAACAAAUUGAGGUUUAAAACAUUCAGCUGGACGUGUACUCAAAAAUAAAGUAUUCGUAAUGAAAAGUUGAAAUAAAUGGAUACAAAGUAGAUGAAAUUAAAAAAAAUGAAUGAUUUCAUUAAAGUUAUAAAAAAUAAAUAAAUACAAAAGAAAAUUAGUCA